AUGGCGGCAAACUACUGGGAGUCGACCCAGCGGCGGUUCUGGACAUUCACGAAGCAGCAACUGGCCCUUGAAAGGAAGAAGAUGGAAGAGGCGGAACGCAAUCUCGUCGGCUUGUACCCUCUACCAGAUAGACGGCAUCUCAGUAUCUACUUCUCUCACCAACUGUCGAAGAUGGCCAGGCCACUAGGCAUUCGACAACAAGCACUGGCAUCAGCUCAGGUCUACGUGCGACGGUUUUAUGCCAAAGUCGAGAUACGGAGAACAAAUCCAGCACUUGUGCUAGCAACAGCUUUGUAUCUGGCUUGCAAGAUGGAAGAAUGCCCACAGCACAUUAGGAUGGUGCUUGCAGAGGCUCGACACUGCUGGGUAGACACCUCAUUCAACGACAUCUCCAAGAUUGGCGAAUGCGAGUUCAGUCUGAUCUCGGAAAUGAACUCACAGCUGAUUCUGCACCAUCCCUACCGCAGCCUCAACGAACUGCAGACGCAAUUCCAGCUCACCCAAGAGGAGAACGCACUCGCCUGGUCCAUCAUCAACGACCACUAUCUCACUGACCUACCACUGCUACACGCACCGCACGUCAUUGCCAUCACGGCCAUGUUCCUCGCUGUCGUGCUGAAGCCAACACAAGGCGGGCUGCAGAUGAGUGCUGCAGGGACUGCAAGCGCACUGCAAGCACUUGGCAACGCAAGAGGCGCAGGAGGAGCGGGCGCCCAGAGCAGAGUGCAAAAGCUAGUAGACUGGCUGGCUGAAAGCAAUGUGGAUAUCGAAGCUGUGGUGGAGACGACCCAGGAGCUGAUCAGCUUGUACGAGGUCUGGGAGAGCUACGCGGACAAGACCUGCAAAGACCAGAUUGCGAAGUUUGUCAAGGCGAGGGGGCUGGACAAAUAG